AUGUCCUGCGAUGAAAAGCUGCAACGAUCAUCACGCUUGAAAAAAUCUAGUAACAGUGCAUCUCAACACACGUUGCGACAAAAAAACUCGGACUCCGUUACCAUAGAACAAAUCGAAGCUCUACUCGAUCGUAAUGUAAGUACUUUCAAGAUAGAUGUAGUGCAAGAAGUACAUACAAUGGUGACGAAAGAAUUUAACCAUACCAUCAAUAAGUUAGAAUCGGAUUUCACAGUAGCCACCGAUUUUCUUCAGAAAGGGCAGGAUGACCUUCUAAAGGAACUUGAGGUGGCUAAUAAUAAAAUUAAAACCCUAGAACUUGAGCGAACUACACUUAAGUCAAAUAUUGAGUCAUUAGAUCGUCGUUUAAUGAGCGUCGAAAAAAUCUCACGAAGCCAUAACGUUGAAAUCCAAAUGGUUCCGGAAAAACGUCAUGAAAAUUUACUACAUCUUAUACAAAAACUUUAUGACACCGUGAAUGUAACUCUGGAUACGAACUGCAUCUGUGCUGUUUGUAGAAUUGCUAAAAUUAAUCCAAAGUCCGACAGACCACGAAACAUUCUCCUUACACUACAAACUGAGCGGCAGAGGGACAUUUUAUUAUCGGCAGUAAAACGUUACAACAAGGCUAACCACCCCAAUCACUUAAACUCUACCUGCCUUGGGAUUGAAGGAGAAUAUCGUGCCAUAUAUGUAAAUGAACAUCUCUCUUCUACUACCAAAAAGCUUUAUGCUGAAGCUAGGAAGUUUGCGAAAGAUAACUCAUACAAAUAUGUUUGGGUUAAAUAUGAACGUGUGUACAUGCGGAAAAAUGACAACGAAUCAGCAUUAUUGAUUAGAGACUUUAGUAACUUUGAGAAACUUAAAGUAAAGUGA